AUGGGUCCAUUCUACCCCUACUACUACAGAUCGAUUGUCAGUCCUUGGUCCAAGGAAUACUCACAGGAUGGCGAGUUUCCCUGGACGAUCGCUCUUUUUAGCAGGGGUUCGUUUUUUGGAGGAGGUUCCCUGAUUGCCCCUAGGGUUGUACUAACGGCAGCCCACCUGCUGCUGUCCAAGACCGCAGAUGAGAUUGUGGUCAGAGCUGGCGAAUGGGAUAUGGCGUCCGUGGACGAACUGCGACGGCAUGAGGAGGUGGAUCGACAUGAAAACUUCGAAUACAUGACCGGGGCUAACGACAUAGCGAUUCUAUACCUUGACUCUCCAUUUGCACUUAAAGACCACAUCCAGCCUAUCUGCUUACCUAUUCAACUGGCCAGCAGUCUCAUGUGUGCCGGCGGAGACAAGAACGAGGAUGCCUGCAUUGGUGACGGUGGUUUCUCCUUGUUUUGUUCCCCUGACCCAAUCAUCGUGAGAUUUCAGCAGGUUGGAAUCGUGGCCUGGGGCGUCUAG